CUUACCAAUUGCAACUGGCUGUCUGUCUCCUGCUACGAUAGAACUGAACGCACAGGAACGAAACUGCGGACUCGGCAAGUUCUCGAUGACGCAAACCCUAACUUUUUCACUAAACGCAGCGCAGCUGGCCGCAACGACGUCGGAUUGGACAUUCUUCUCCCCCGUCCUGCGUUCAAAUUAGGCAAAGUUAGAGCAGACAAAGAAAUGAAGCUCCAGAGCAGAAGCGGAAAACUGCGUCGGGGUUCGUGCAAUUACUGAUCUCUAGGGUUUUUGACAACAAUCAAUUGUUUCUAGAUUCGAUUAUUGAGGGUGAGGUUGCUUCGCGGCGGAGUUAGGGGAUUCUAGGGCAUACUGAAAUGCAGACGGAGGCGAGAGUUGGGGUGGUGGUGGAAGGAGGGCAGAGAGCUCUGAAUACUGGGCAUGGAGGCGUGGCGGUCGAAGGCGGUGUGAGAACACUGGCGCAGUCCCUGCCACAGAAACAGCCGAAGCCUCUGCCCCACCAGUCUCAGACUGGAACGCCUCUGCACCAACAGUCUCAGAUUGGAACGGUGUCGCAGCUUCUCGCCGGAGGUGUUGCCGGAGCUCUUAGUAAAACUUGUACGGCGCCUCUUGCUCGCCUUACCAUUCUUUUUCAGGUGCAAGGUAUGCACUCAGAUGUUGCAACAUUGAGAAAGGCUAGCAUAUGGCGUGAGGCCUCAAGGAUUGCUGGUGAAGAAGGAUUUAGAGCUUUCUGGAAAGGAAAUCUGGUUACAAUUGCUCAUCGUCUUCCUUAUUCUUCUGUUAAUUUCUAUGCAUACGAACAUUAUAAAAAGUUCCUACAAACAAUGCCUGGACUGGAAAAUCAUAGGGAGAACUUGAGUACAGACCUUUGCGUACAUUUUGUGGGUGGUGGAUUGGCGGGAAUAACAGCUGCAUCAGUUACAUAUCCUUUGGAUCUUGUAAGGACGCGCCUUGCAGCUCAGACAAAUGUGAUGUACUACAAAGGUAUUUGGCAAACUUUGCAAACUAUUAGUCGAGAUGAGGGUCUUUUUGGCCUCUAUAAGGGACUUGGAGCAACCCUCUUGGGUGUUGGGCCCAGUAUAGCUAUCAGUUUUUCGGUGUAUGAGACCUUGAGAGCUUCUUGGCAGUCACAUAGGCCCAAUGAUUCUACUGUGUUGGUUAGUCUUGCUUGUGGGAGCCUUUCAGGAAUUGCAUCAUCAACAGCAACAUUUCCAUUGGAUCUUGUGAGACGAAGGAAGCAGUUGGAAGGGGCCGGUGGCCGAGCCCGUGUCUACACAACAGGCCUUUUUGGUACGUUUAAGCAAAUAUUCAGGACAGAAGGCUUACGUGGCCUGUAUAGAGGGAUCCUACCAGAAUACUACAAGGUGGUACCUGGUGUAGGUAUUUGUUUUAUGACGUACGAGACAUUGAAGAUGCUGUUGGCAGAUGUUAGUGCUGGUUUAUAGUAGAUGCCCAUCUUCCGGAAGUGAUGCCAAAGGAAAGGAGGGUGUGAGUGAAAGUAGCUGCUAUGACAAAUCUCAUGGUAGUUAGUUUUGCGGUGCUGCUGUGGGAAUUAUAUUUUUCCAUGUAUAGAUUGACGAUCCUAUAUUUACACUUAGAAUUGAAUGCUACACGACUCUCUUACAAUUCUCAAACAUAUUCAAUCUUUUCUUAUCUGAUAAAUCUUAGGCCCAUUUCUUGCAACUGUAUUAUGA